CUUUUUCCCAAUACUAGUUGGGUUGAAGAGGUGUAUUUUGAAGGCCUAGUUGAAAUAAUACUAGAGCAGGGUGUGAGAGAGUGUCCAUGUGAGUGAAUGUUAUCCAGAAACGAAACCAUUCAUAAUCGUUGAUGGCGCUUCUGCACGCUAAGCCAUUUAACCUCUUACCACCCUUCUCAUCAUCAUCAUCAUCAUCAUCAUCAUCAUCAUCAUCAUCAUGUCCUCCUCCAUCUCUCACUCUCACAACUUCCCGAACCCCAAAACCUCAAUCUCUCGCUCUCACUCCACUUCCGAUGAGGCGCCGGAUGCCGGUUCCCGGCGUCGUCGAGGAAAACCAGCAGAGCACUGAACCCGAACCCGAGUCCGAACUGGCGUCGGAAUUGAAGAAGGCGAUGCAGGAGAGGAAAGAUAAAGAAGGCGGUGACAACUUCUGGAACGGAGUGGCACAAGAGAUAAACGAGAUCGAGUGGCCCGCGUUUGGGAAGGUGUUGGGUACCACCGGCGUUGUCCUCAGCGUUAUCUUCGGUUCCAGCGUCGUUUUGCUCACUGUCAAUGCCGUUUUGGCUGAGCUUUCUGAUAAGGCUUUUGCCGGCAAAGGGAUUCAGGAUUUCUUCACCUGAACAAACACCUACCAUUUUAUUAAUUAGUGAUGUACUAUCUUGUAAUGGUAGAUUCAUGUGUCAUUUGUUGAAUUCUUACUGUGAAUCAAAUGUUGAAGAAUGAAGUGGAUCCCAAACUACUACCACCAAUGUUGGUCCUUUUAGAAAUGUUUAUGCAACUUUGUCUGCACUUUCUGCAAUUGAAGAAAUUAGGGAAAAUGAACAUCACUGUAAUAUUUAUCACCUCUAUAGUCUAUAUAAUUAGUUCAUUGUAGCCUUCA